GCUUAUUCCUUACGCUGAUUCGUGGCUUCUUCCCUGCCUACACGGGAACGGACUGCGAACCCCGACUGAAAAUCUCCGCUUACCCCCACCUCUCUCUACAAUGGUGGUUCAGGGGUUUGGAUAGUCUUCUAUUAAUGUCAUUUGCAUAUCUUACAGUUAAGGACAGAUUACCACAGAUCUUAACCAAGGCUAUUGAUACAUUGCAUCGACAUAAAAGUGAAUUUUUCGAGAAACAUGGAGAGAAAGGCCUGGAAGCUGAAAAGAAAGCAAUUUCUCUUCUUUCUAAAUUACGGAAUGAAUUGCAAACAGAUAAACCAAUUGUUCCUUUGGUUGAGAAGUUUGUUGAUACUGACCUAUGGAAUCAGUACCUAGAAUAUCAACAGAGCCUUUUAAAUGAAAGUAAUGGAAAACCAAGGUGGUUUCUCUCACCGUGGUUGUUUGUAGAAUGCUACAUGUAUCGAAGAAUUCAUGAAGCAAUUAUCCAAAGUCCACCAAUCGACGACUUUGAUAUAUUUAAAGAAUUAAAAGACCAAAAUUUCUUUGAGUCUCAGGAAUCUAUCAUUGCUUUAUGUACUCACCUGCAAGAGUUGAUGAAAACUAUUGAAGACCUAGAUGAAAAUCAGCUGAAAAAUGAGUUUUUUAAAGUUCUUCAGAUUUCACUGUGGGGAAAUAAGUGUGAUCUGUCUCUAUCAGGUGGGAAAACUAUUUCUCAGAAGAUCAAUUUAAUAAAUUCUUUGGAAGACCUAAAACCUUUCAUUUUAGUGAAUGACAUGGAACAUCUUUGGUCAUUGCUUAGCAAUUGCAAAAAAAAAAGAGGAAAAGCACCUAUUACUCGAGUGGAUAUUGUUCUGGAUAAUUCUGGGUUUGAACUUGUUACAGAUUUAGUAUUAGCUGACUUACUGUUGUCCUCUAAACUGGCUACUGAGAUCCAUUUUUAUGGGAAAACGAUUCCAUGGUUUGUUUCUGAUACUACUCUACAUGAUUUUAACUGGAUAAUCAAACAACUAAAACAUUCUAAUCAUAAGUGGGUGUCCAAAUGUGGGGUUGACUGGGAAAACCAUAUUAAAACGGGCAGAUGGGUUUACCUCGAUCACAUGUUUUGGACUCUGCCUCAUGAAUUCUGUGCAAUGCCUCAAGUCGCUCCUGACUUAUAUGCUACACUACAAAAGGCACAUCUAAUUUUAUUUAAGGGUGAUUUGAAUUACAGGAAGUUGACGGGGGACAGAAGAUGGGAAUUUACCAUUCCAUUUCAUGAGGCUUUGAAUGGCUUCCACCCUGCACCUGUCUGCAGUAUAAGAACAUUAAAAGCUGAAGUUCAGGUUGGUCUGCAGCCUGGGCAAGGUGAACAACUCACAGCUUCUGUGCCCAACUGGUUGACCAUUGGGAAAUAUGGAAUAUUUCAGUUUGAUGGUCCACUUUGACUUGCUGUAGGAACUCUCAGUUGGGUAGGAAGAUCUGACAGUCACUCUUCAUCCCCAGAAAAGCUCUGGGAAGGUGGGCUUCUCAGUGCUCUUUGACACACACACACUGAUGCUUUCUCCUUUGAACGUUUUGCCCCGCUACAUUGUUUUGGGGAUAGGUGGAUUACCCUGGUUACAGAUAGUUACAUUUAUGUUGGAAUUUUAGUAACUUAUUUCAAGUUAAAUGCAUCAUUUCAAAUGGUUUUAAUGAACUUAUUUUCAAUUGGGCAGAAAUAUAAGUGAAUUCUGCUUUAAAAGUUAACAUUUUAAAAAAUACUGUGCUGCAUGGUAUUUAAUAUUCUAGGAGGCAUGGAAUUUUACUCAACUUGAUUUUGGGCUCUAGAGAUAAGGGCUCAGUGAAGAUAUAUUUACAUGUUAAAUAUGCUUUGUAAAGAGAGGCAUUUCUUAACAACUGUGAUAUCUGAACACACGAAAGUAAAACUUACCUCAUAAGUUAAUUCUUAAUUUUGUUCUCCUUGAAUUUUAUUUCAUUUCAAAAACCUGUAUUAUUUGCACGCAUUUGUAUUUUGAUUGACCUGUAGAAUGGAUGGUAGGAAACACAAAAUUGAACAGAAUGAAACAAAUAGUACUUGAAGAAAUGUAAUAUCUUUUACAGUAAUUCUAUUUGUGAUGUCCAUAAUCAACUGAAGUAUAUUAUUUUAACACAUAAAUGUUUUAAAUGAAUGGGAUUGCUCUACAGUUUAAAAAAAAUGCUUUAGGUAGGAAAGAUUCUUCUGCAUUGACUUUGUACUACCAACGAGUUAAUUCACCUUUUAUAAUCUUACACAUUUAUUGGUGAUCACAGCUAUUAAAGACUAAGUUUCAGGUCAGUUUGUUUUGAAACUGAAAUUGGAAAUAAACCUGGGAACGUUUUCUUGCACCAGAAUAAUAAAAUGAAUUGUAAAUUGUACUGAAAAUCUCACUGGUUUUAUCUUCCAGUGGGGGAAGGUCAAGAAGGGAAGAUUAAAAAUGAGGUCUUUAUGAUGAAGAAACUCAUAAUGUAUAUUAUAGAUGUUGUCCAAGCAGUUGUUAAAUUAUGUCACUUAAAUGAAGUGAUAGUCUGUGCCCUUGCUAAGUGCUUAAAAUUGUUUUGGUAAAAUGUUUAUAUAAAGCUGCACAUUUUGGAUUUACUCAUUUCCUUA